UGUUUGUUUCUUUUUCUUUCUUUAUCAGUGGAGACAGCAAGUAAACAAGAAAAAGGAUUGUCGGGGAUUGCUAUAGCCUAUAUAAUCACCGUUCCUUUAUUGAUAGGGGUGUCCAUAGCAGUGACUUUUGUCUGCUACAAAUGUGGGGUGAAAAAAGGUAAAGCGCUAGAAAGGAAGCGACAAUAUUCGAAAGACAAAAGUGUUGAGCAACAAGCUGCAAGGGCACAAUCAGGACCUUCCGCCGCUCAGUUAUCCACUGAUGCUGCUUACGAUGAAAUUAAUGAUCACCGACAACGCAGUCAGGCGUCACAGCGGAAGAAAGACGGAGGAUAUAUGGCACCAGUGUCCCAAAAUCUGAAUAGACCGCUACCGCCAGGACAGGGCAAGCGAACUAAAGAUUCCUCGCCAUCACCUCCAGGAAAUGACGGUUAUAUAUCUCCUCUACAAACAGAUUCAAAAGCCAUGUACGAUUCAAUCAAAGGUGGUAUCUCUCAAGAACACCAAUACAUAGAGCUGCGGAGGGGUACUUGAUCUCGGUGUCAUUACAUAUUAUGCUGAAAUAGGAUCAACAUUUCAUCGUUACUUGUGAUUUAAUUUUUAGGAAGCCUUAUAUUUGUAUUCUUGUUAAUCAGACUCUUUUGUAAAAUAUUUGCUUUAUCAUUUAUGAAUGUUCUCAAGAAUGUUGCUUCAGGUGGUGCAAUUUGUUUAAAUAUUUUGCUUUGAGGCUUGCAUUCCUUAGAUAAGAAUCCAUAAGGUAAAACAUUGUAACCUUAAGACACAUGGACUUCGCCAGUAGAUUUAACUCUUUUUAGUUAUAAUACAUUUAUCAUUUUGAAUUGUAUUUGUCAUAUGUGUAUAAAUUGCCGCGGUGGCCGAGAGGUUAGAGCGUUCGCCCCGCAUACGGAAGGCCUGGGUUCUAAUCCCGGCCACGACACACCUAAGUCGUUAACUAAGUCUUUAAAAGAGUUCCAUCGCCAAACGCUCGGCAUCAGUUUGAUUCAAGUAAUGGUGUCUGUAUUUCGUAUUUCAUCUGGAUGUACAGUUGUAGAUCACAUGAGAGAAGGCCUACAGAGGCUCUACCUGUUACCCAAUCCUGUUGAGUUUCUCAAUAAAAUGUUUAAAUAAAAAAAAAUCACAUUACAUCUAGAAAAUUGUACAGCUUUAGUUCACAUUGCAUGUACUAUUUUGUACAGUUGUAGCUCAUACAGAAACUCGUAUUUACUUUGUUUAUAUUACAUAUAACACCUUGUAUUUGUUUUAAUAUCUGGUGUAUCCAGGGCUCCGUAUUUGCCCAAUUCUUUAUUUUUACAUUGCUUAUAGGAGACAUUUGUACAUGUAGUUCAAUGUUACAAUCAUAUUGCUUUUUUAUCAAUACAAAUUGUUUAUAUUUA